AUGUCGUCGGCAAAGUCGCAGCAUACAAAAAACAGUGCCGGUACGGAUCAUGAGUCCGUCUCGCACGCCCCUCUCCCUGAGUCACCUUCUCCAGCAUCUGCAUUGGCCUCAGCGUCACAGAGCGAAGAUGUCUCGACAGAGCACCUCGGCUGGGCAUCUCUCAUCAAGGAGCAGCAUCGACACCUGCAGGCGGCCGUGCAGACCGGUGUCAGUGGCGGUGGUACUGCGAUGACCACCAUGGGGGCUUCGUCUUGUCCUACUGCCUCCGCGCCGCCACCGUCGUACCAGGAGGAGUUGAAAGCGUGGCGACGUACGCUGACAGGCGAGGCGGCUGCGCAGCGGCUCUCCGCCUAUGCUGAGGCGAUGCAUCAUCUCGCAACGCUGUACUGGAAUCCAUCUGUGAAACCUCUGACGGGUCACGACACUGGAGUGGAUGACAGUGACCGUGCAAGAGGCAAUCCUGCAGUGCACGCCGGCCGCGCAGAAGCGUCUGAAUCCACCGCACCACGUCUUGGCGAUAAGCGCCAGCGAAGUAGCGACACGGCAGACGGUGUACAAAAGCCGUCCUCUUCUGUGCUGAUGGACGAGACAAUGACAGCUACGGCAACUGCGGCGGUGCCCGACACCAACCCUCGCCACUACAGCGACCGCCUCAGCUACUGCCUGCAGAGCAUCGCUUCCUACUAUCUCGGCGAGGCAGAGACGGAGGGCUGGAGGGAGGGAACUGCAGGCGGCGCACCCGACGUCGCUGAUUGCCGACUUCCGGCGGCUGUGCAGUCGUCCUCCCCGCCUUGCUUCAGGGUGUACGUCGAGCAGACGCGCUUCCGUCAACUGCCUGGAGUAUUUGCACGAGUCGUGAAGCCGCUUCGCAGGCUCUUCUUUCAGCGAUAUGGUCGCAUGGCGACGGAAGCGGAGGUGGGCCAGCUGAUCAACGUGUGCACACCAUCCCCGGACGGCAGCUGCAGCAUUGCACCAAAGAAGUCGAGGGCUGGCGAGUUCUUUUUCUUGUCCUCGAGUACCGACUCAAGUGGUGGGUCGACGACGGAGGUGUGUGCGGUGCGGGGGCUCAUCGACGCGGAUGUGGACGCACGCGCCAUUGUGGAGGAGUCGACGUGGCGCCGAGGCGAGCACACGGCGUGGGCUACUGCGCUGGACUACACCCGCGAUGCGCCUCACCCGACCCCGACGUCAGCGCCUGCGCCGCUGUGGACUCUGGAUGUGGGUUCAUGCUACGGCCCCUUUUUCGGCAGGGUCUUGGGGCGUGCAGCGCCUCUUGCACCUGUACCCUUGCAUGUAACGUCCAUGGAUCUUGCGCCCUAUCAGGGGGCCGCGGGAUGGGACAGUGGUUCGAACGGUGCCCCAUCACCAUGUGUGUGGCGGGGGGAUUGGCUGCAGAUGGGUUUCUUCGCUGAGGAGCCGGAGGCAGACGAAGCGGCGCACGGGAGCAGUACCGCCGUUGCAUCCGGGACGGCGGAGGAAGGCCGCAUCCGCUAUCAGCGGCAGAGUCCAGCCAGCAGCCGCACCGACGGGGGUGGAAACUCCGGAUUGCACCCCUGCGACUCACGUGACGGCAGUGCGGGCAACGGUGCGCAAAGCUCGCUCGCGGCGACGGCGGUGCGGCUGGAAAGCUACGACGCCGUUUUUUUCUGUCUUCUCCUUUCCUACAUCCCCACGCCACGCUUGCGUUUCUUGGCGUGCAUUCAUGCUUUCCUGGCGCUCAAGGAGGGCGGGCUGCUUGUUAUUGUGAGCACGCGCACGCAGGGUUCGCGACGCCGCAACUGGAUGAGCGAAUGGACGGCGUGCUUGGCCUCGAUAGGGUUUCAGCGCGUGCAGCAGAGCAUUCAGGAGAAGCUGGUGGGGAUGUCCUUUGCAAAAGUGUCGCCCUCUGCCGAGGUGCGGCGGAGCUGGGCGACGGUGGAGGGUCGUGCUGCAUGGAUCGAGUCCCUAAUGACGUCCUCGGCGGCCCUGGAAGGACUGCGUAUCACCGCAGACGACGCGAGGAGCCGCGCUGAUAUCUGA